AAUAACGAAUUGAUUUUUGCUCCGUUUAUUUGUCAUUUUCGUCACCGUAUUUUGACUUGUUCACCGUGAUAAAUUGAAGAUAAAAUGAGUGUUUCCAUACAAAUACGUGAUAUUUAAGGCGACAUUUACAAUGAACGUCUUAGAGAAGGCGGAAAAGGCUAUAGAAUUCCUCAAAAACAACGAGGGUUCUAAAAAGAGCCAUGAGCUGCAGGCGGCCGCUGGGACGCUGGGCCGGUGUCUGGGAGCCCUGGGGAGUCGUCCAAGCUACGCUCGACACUACGCUAAUCUAUUACACGUAGCGAUCCCCACAAUACUCUCCCUGGCUAGCAACGACAGUGCUGAAGUACGUCUAGUAGGUGAUGAAGCGCUCAACCGCGCGGUGGUUGGAGGUUUUGCGUUCCACGCAUACAAGACCAACAUUAUACUGCAGAAUCAAAUUGAUGUGACUAGGAAUGCCAGAUGGAUCCGUGCGGCCUUGUCACGAGUUUGCCUGGGCGAGUGCUGGGUGCGUCCCGGAGUGGGCAAGAUCCGGGCACAAGCGCAGACUCUGUUCCCGAAGCUCAGCCAAAUAGUCCGCCAGACGAGAGACAUACAGCUCAUUGUAGAGGCUUUGGAGGCGAACUUGCCUCGCAUUCUCGAUGCGUUAGCUGAGUAUACUACUGAUGAAGAGAUGACAGAGCUAUCGAAGGCCCUGCUCUCGCACAUAGAAUCAUCAGAGCCAGCCGUAAGACGCGGGGUGGCCAACACCGUGGCUCGGCUGUGCUCCCACCGCCCACCACUACUCAGCAAUGUUCUGGACAAGGUGUUUGACAAUUUGUGGCCACAGUCCAGUGACAACAACGUGGUCCUGGGGUGGUUCGGCAUGGUGCGAGCCAUCUUCCAGAUCAACGACAUACAGAAACUGGCUGAUGAGAAUCUGUUUGUCACACAGGAUUAUUUAGAGAUAUACCAGUUGAUCCUGCACUAUAUAGAGCAGAGUACAGUCGAGCACAACAUACAGAACUCGAUCAUGGAGUGUUUAUCUGUACUUUUGUCCCACGCUACCGGCGAGUUCAAGAAGGCGUUACUGGAGAAGCAGGGACGCUGCGCUAAUUUAGACCUUAGGGUCAACAAGAAAGGGCAUAGUCGGAAUAUAAGCUCAGUCAGCGCAAUAACCUCAAUAAUCUCCAACAUAUCGUACGACACUAAAGACUCGGAACCAGCUGACAGUAACGAACUGACGAUCAGCGGGGCUCUGCACCUGGGCGGCUUACAGUGGGACACCCCGCGCCGAAGUUUAGAAGACCUCACUAUACAGACGCCAGACUCACCGACGAGCGAGAUGGCAGUAGAGUUGGACACUACGCAACUCAGCAAGGACCUGUCGGAGAAACUGCACGAGGUCGAGGCGAGCCGCGCCGACAGCGACGGCGAGCUCGUUGAACCGGCGGGGCAGGGGUUUAAGGUGAACAUAGGGUCGUCCCACGAUGAAGACAGUGCCCUGAAGUACUGCGCCCGUCUGCUGGUCUCCAAGUUCAUACUGACCGGAUACAAGGGAGGGCUCAUACCUGACAGAUCCGUCCGUGUCUCAGUGAAAGCAUCAGCUUUGAAUUGUCUGUCAGAAAUAUUGCGGCUCUACCCUCAGGCUAUGACGGCGUAUUUAGACAAGGAGGUCGAUAUCAAGUCUCAUAAUGUUUCUGGUGCGUCAGAAGGUACAGACUCAAAUCAAGAUAAUAUAAAUGACUUCAUACUUGAAAGAAAUGUAUGCUUUCAAGAUUCCAUGUCGGAGUCACUUAGUCAAGACUUGUUCAAUAAAAGUAUGGACUACCCACUACCAAAUACAGCUCACCAAAUAUUCAAGAAGGAUAGUAGGUCUUUAGAAAAAUCUAUCGAUAGCAUAGAACAGAAAAGUUCCCUUAAAGAUGUUCCUAGUCAUAUACUCGACAGCAAGGUGUAUUUGAAAAACGACCUAAUGGCCAGCGGAAUAAGUGCUGAUAGUGCAAAUACAAACGCCAAUAUGACUAAUAGUAAUAUUACAAGUAAUUCAAAUAUGACAGGGAGCAAUGACCCUACUUAUUAUCCAAUGACAAGCAGCGCUGAUGUUUUAUCUUCAAGUAUCGAUUUGGACAUGAAAUUCGAUCACUUUGGAGAAUCGAAUACAAAUCUAGACAACCUAGAUGCUAUGAAAGAGUUGGAGAAGCCAAAGAGGUCGUUAAAACGAACAGAUGAGGUUCAGAGUAAAGAUGCUCCAGAACCCAGUUUGGAUAUAAAUGAUGAAGAGAAAGUUGAUGAAUGUAUAAAAGAGUAUGAAUACCAACACAUGUCCGAUGUAUUCGUGUUACUCUGUGAUCACAACGAUCCACAGAUUAGAGGCCUAGUCAGAGUGUGCAUCGGGAACUAUUUGUACGCUGCUUUAGAGCUAUCACAUGGCGAUUAUUAUAGAUGGAGAAACUAUAGUGUUUUGCCGAAAGAUGUAAGCGAGAAUAUUAAUACGGAUAAACUUGUGGAGAUUGUUCUAAAGGGUCUUUCAGAUGAAAUACACUCUUGUGUGAACCACACACUAACAGCAGUUACCAAGAUAUGUGCAGCCUUAUCUAACAGCACAUAUUACAAGCUGUUGCUAGAUAUACUCAACAGCUUAGUAGCGGUGGAGAAGAAUAGCUAUUGGCUGUGCAAGGUUAACCUUUGCAAACUUUACGAGAAGCUGCCAUAUAGAAGUUUAUUCAUCCUGUGUCCCGGCUACCGCGCUCGCAGUCGCCUGAUCAUGGACACGCUAUACAGGAUGCUCUCGGAACAAGACCACAAGAUCCGGAGCGCCGCCGCACAUGCUAUAGCUACCAUCACUCCAAAGAUAUACCCAUCCCAACGAGACACUCCGGUCAAAGCCGUCAUCAAAUCGGCAGUGGAACAAAGUCGCAUCUUCACAUUCGAACAAACAACGCUAGCUUUGAACCUCGUGAAGGAAAUGUACUUCACUCAUGACCUACCACAACAGUUGAAAGGAGAGAAGAGAAUAGAUAAUGUGGAUAGUUUGAAGGUGGUUGUGAAUGACUUGAUGGCUCGGCUUUUGGAGUCGAGCUGUAAGUUUUAUUCGCAAGGCCUACUAGAAGCGCUCCUAACAGUCAUGAAAGCCUGGCCUCCUUGGGACAACCCUGCAGCCUACAGCGACCAGCGUAUCUUGGACUACUGUCUGGACAGCAUCGACUGCCGCAGCGGGACCGUCGCUGAGCGGACGAUGUUGGUGGAAAUAUGCACGCUGGUUUAUCCUGUCGAAAUCCACAAUAUAAUGCGUCACAAAACGACGAACCGCGACAUUUUCGAGCGAGACGCCUCAACCGCUUCCAAAUGGCAGCAUCUAGAAGAUUCCAGAAUGUCGUCCCUCUGUGAGAAGUACCAGCUGAUCGUGAUGAAGUUUCUGAACAUUGUGGUGCAUUUAGUGGAGGAAGUCAGUCCUACGUCCAUGAUGAAUAAGGGCACGUUUCCGGGCAGUCCUGUUCGGAGGAAUGUUACUGAUUCUUUGCCUCGUAAACCUGCCGAGGGAGAUGACAAGGGGUCUCUCAAGCGGAAACCCGCCGUAUCCAUCUCCAACGUAAAGUCCAAUUUCGCAGGCAACUUCUACAGUGAGCCCUUCUAUCUGCAGUUUUAUGAGCUGUUGAGAGCUACGCACUCUAAUCAUAAGAUAAACCUAGACCCAAAAUCGUCGAUCUUCCACGAUUUCCUAUCAACAGUUCUAGACGCCCUAGCCAUACAACUCGAACUGUCCACCGAAAGGGAAUUCGGAUAUGUCACUGAAGAACUGCUAUACUACCUCAAAACAAUCAUGCCGUUAAAAGCUGACAAAUCCGUAUACUGCGUCACUCAACUACUAAAGUGCCUAUUCGCUACCAAUAUGGUCAACCAAUACAACGAUUUUGCUUCCAUCGCACCGGCUAUCGAAGAAAAGAAAGAGACAUAUAGCUUCUAUGAAGACGUUCUUCUAAUAAACAAGUUGCCAAGUUUGGACGAAGCAGAGGUUGAAUCGAGAAGGAGUAGCGUCAACUCGAUUUCAAGUAGAAAAGUAUCGAUUGAGAGUAAAAAUCCCAAAUUGGUGGCAGAAAGGAAUUUGUUGGUGAAUUUGGAGAGUUUUAAUAAGAACAAAAUGGAUAGGAAGUGGACUACGAAUAAGAAAGAGUUGGAAAGGUAUAUUAGGCUGUUUGAGCCGGUCGUCAUUCAGGCCCUCAAGAGCUACACAAUGCAAAACGACACAUCCCUCCAGAGGCGCGUCCUCUGGCUCCUCAGCCAACUGUUAGCCCUACGGGUGAACUACUGCAUGCUGGACAGCGACCAGGUCUUCAUAGCGGUGUUGCUGAAGCAGCUCGACCUGGCGGAGCAGAGGGAAAUCCCAGAUUGUGUAGAGCUUGUGGGUGACAUCAUGUUAUUCCUGGUACAUCUCUCGUCCUCCAAACACCACAGCAAGCAGAUCAUUGAACUGCCGAAGCUAAUACAACUAUGCGACGGUCUCCUCGCAUCGGGCGCGACCACAGAAUGCAUUGCGGCGUUAGAACGAGUCUCCUAUUUGGCCUUCAGUAAGAACGGAGCGAUGGUGCCGCAACAACUCGGCAUAGCCAGAGAAGUGCUUCAAGCUAUGCUGUGCAAGACUAUGCAGGAUCGACGGUCGCUAGAGUUAGUAAGCCUAGUACUGGCUCUAUCCCAGGACACUUACUCCCAAAUGUCGCAACUUACGGCCGACACUCUUCUCGCCCGCCUCUCCACAAGAACCAUAGAGGUGGAUACCACUAGUGAUGUGCUGGCGCUCGAGAGAAUCAUAGACUACAUACAUAGGGAUGUGCUGUUGGAACAGAGUCGGGUUGAAAUGGUGUUGAAGAUAUUGUUUUUGGCACCGCCUCCUCAGACUACCACACCUUUCAAGCUAAAAGUGCGCUAUCUAGCAAUAAUAAUGGUGCUCCUACGAAAAGUCCUCGUCCUAAUACCAGAAAGUGAAAUACUUCUAUCAAUAAACUACCUGAAAGCCACGUAUAUUUCACCACAAUCAAUAUUCUUCAACAUGAAAACGGAAAUCGAUCCACUAAAUGUGCAAAAUGUGAACGAAAAUUGCGCGAAUUUGUCGCCAGAUGUCAUUCUAGUCAGGUUCCUAUUUAGAACGUUGACUUACGCCAUUUUGGAAAUGGAAAACUGUCACGAAAUGGACCGAGCUAAUUUGGACCUUGAAGAAGAUAGUGAUAAGAAUCAAAGUCAUAAGUUGCUGUAUGCUGUGACUGUCAACCUGAUUUGUCAGAUCAAACACAUGCUGCAUUUGACAAACGGCUGCCUAUUCCCGCUCACCUCUAAAACCGCUCAAACGAUCCUCCACAACGAACAGAGCAACCUGAACACGGGUCUUUACAGCUGGGAAGAGAAUAUACCGCUACAACUGUUGCUUCUAGUCUGUGUGAGGCUCUGUCCGAUGCUCACUGGGCACUUGUCGCAUCUACUCAUACGGUUAAAAUUCCUCGAGCAGAAAUACUGGCAGAGCCUCCUCGGCUUCGUCCUGUCUCUCCCCCUGCGGUCGUCGGGCUGCGAGCGGCGGCGGCUCGAGCUAGACGCCCUGCAAGUCGCCUGCUUCUGCGCCUACUGCGAGUACUUUAUAGAAAACGGCCUGACAGAAGUAGUCCAUCUAACCUGGCUGAUCGCUAACCGCACCUCCACGUUUGUGGCCCACUACGCGGACGCUAAACCACUCAUAGACAAGUUGAAUGAGAACGCCAGCGCUUCGGGAUUGUUGGUUCAGGCUAUCGCCGCUAGGGGCGCUAGGGUUUCGGGAGAGCUAGCACUGAACACGCUGUCGAUCCUGUCAGGCUGCCACGAGAGCCAAUCAGGGCCCUUAGUCUUUCUUAUCUGCAGGAUGCUCGGCCAAUUGGAACCCGCUGUUGCUAUGAGGUAUGAGUCAGUGGGCGUAGAGCGUUGCACCCUGCUGGCCAGUCUACCUUCUGACCAGGUGCUGAUGCAGCUCACGAGAGAAGACGUGCAGAUAGCACUGGAGACCCUACAACGGGAUAGAGGGCAGAUGCGAGGCUCCCGUCUAAUCUCCGCUCUAACCGCCCUCCAAUCAGCCGUCUGGCAGGCAUCCCCUGUGAGCUCGCCUCGCGCCGUUUCCACUGCGUACGUGCGCACCGCUGCCGUCGAUGCGCCAUGGCUAGCCACGCUCGUUAAGAACCGAUGCUGUCAAACGAAUAGCGCGACGUCACCAAAAGUUCCAAAGCAUCACGAGCUAGCGCUCUUACUGUCAAACCUGUCAAAAGAGGAUCUGGCAACUGUCAUGGACUGUCAAGAGUUUGACAGGAAACUCAUCGCUUCAUGCUUCAAAGUAGCAUGUGAUGGAUAUCUCAAAGAGUUCUAUGAUAUUAUAUCCGCUUAUGAAACUAGAGAAAUUGACAAAGAACAGGUGAAACAACAGAGAGAGGUUUUGAAAAUGAAGGAAGAAAUGAAUGCCAAUGUAGACAGUAAUAAGAUAAAUGUGGCAAACACGCUACACGUGUUCAAGAAAAGCGAUAAUAAAGAGUCAAAAUCACAGUUUUUCAUACCAAUAUCUGAGGAUUCAGACCUGAAAGAGAAGUUUGGCAACCUAGAACUCACAGAGGAAGAAAUUGAGGUAAUCCCGCCGGCUGUUCCAAAUUUGUAUUUGACAGCUGUCACAACGCUUGACAAGUCACUGACAGACAUCAUACGCCUGUUCCCCAAGCAGAACCGACCGCUCAGCCAAUCAGAGAACUUCGAUUUGAGCGUAGAACAAACAAUUGACAGAUACACAAAGCGUUGCCACCAAGUUUUCCAAGACAAACUUUUCUAUCAAGAGUUCAUUACGGCUCAGACAAUGUUGACUGGAUUUUUGGAAUCUUUUGCGCGAUUGAAAGCAUUUUUUGACGACGUAGACUGUGAUAUUUAUGAUAAGUGCAAAGCGGACAUACUGCCUACGUCUCUGGCGAAAAAUAUAGCGUUAUUCUCUAUGGUAUCGUUGCAGUAUUUAUCCUUUUUGAUAAAAAAUAAGAAGCUAGUCGAAACCCAAGUAAAUACAGACGCAUCUUUACUUGAAACAGAUAUAGUGACAGAGAAAGUAGUUGUAGACAAUGUGAUAUGUGUAACACUGGAUAAUGUGUCGAAAGCGUUGGGUUUCAAAGAAAUUUGGAGCGAACUGAAUGUGCCAAAGUAUGAAAAUAGAUCUCAGUCGGCUAUAAGUUGCUUGUAUGCUGUUGUCAAGUACUUCGUUAAGGACACAAAACCGUUAACCCUCAAAAACUACCUUCAACCUGAAGAAAAAGGACCGACGAGCGACAUCACAUUAAUAUAUGACAAACUGCUCACUCUGAUAGAGUAUUGGGAAGAUACGUUCUACAAGAAAGGUCUGUCUGUAGACAACGACAUCAUUGGACAAAGUUACAGGAAGCCUUUGGAAAGCCUUCUUGUCAGUUUGGCUAGACUGGACAUAGCCCACCCCACGGCGCUCAUCCCGCCCCCGGCGUGGGCGUGUGUGGUGCCGCCAUCUAGCGAGCCCGCGCGGCGAGUGCACCUGCCGCUGCACGCGCUGCGGGACCUGGACGUGCUGGACGCCUUCCUGUUCAGGGUACACCUGAUAGGCUGGUCAUCCAAGAAGCAGUUCGAAGAGAUCUGGGUGGCACUGCUAGCCGCUUUUGGUGGAAACGGAGUUCAUAGAGCGGUAGCUGGCGUGAUGCAACUACUGUUAGGUGCCGUCUCGGGACACCUGCCGAGGCAACCUGCACUGUAUCCAAUGCCGCAACUCCGCAAGAUCCUAGCCGGCACGUCGGCAUACGACGCGGUGUUUGAGCGAGUGAACCUGGAGCGUAUACCGCUUCAGAAAGACUGCGAUGGCCCACUGUACCAUUGCGCGCAGUUCAAUACUGAGUUCCUUAUGUUGGCUUCAGAAUCGAUCGAAGACGCAUCGUUCACCGCGAGACAACAGCUGAAGAGAAUGAGGAAGAACCAGGACAUCGACAUCAACAGCUGCCUGCAGUUGCUCAUAGAUGUCGCUACCAACAUGCUUGAGCCUAAGGCAGACACUGGUCUAGCAGCACGAGCAGCCCUCAUAACCUGUCUAACCCACGUGACGCACGUGCUACAGAGCGCGUCGCUGUGCGCGCUGCUCGCCUCGCGCCUCGCGCGCGCCAGUGCGCACGACGCCGCGCACUUCCCGGGCGUGCGCGCGCGCGCGCUGGCCGGGCUGGCGCUCUGUCUCACUAGCACGAGGCAUAAGCAGGAGCUAUCCUCAGUCCACCAGAACCUCGUCAAGUCGCUCUCCUCAUCAUCACCUCUGCUGCGUCAGGCCGCGCUGCAAGGAUGUCUGUUGCGUCUACACCAGCCCCAGGAGCGAGCCCUGGCUGCUAGCCUCGUCCCCUAUCUCCACAGGGACAGCAGGAUAUCUCUCUACGAGCAGAGUCUCCACUGGACAGUACUGUUCUCGUUGGUGGAGCUCGGACACCCGGAGUUGUUGCACUCGGCCGUGGACUUCGUGUUGAAGCAGCCGCAGCAUUAUUGCGCUGAUCUUGUUGUUAAGGGAAUAACAUCAGUGAUUCGUCAGAAAGUCCUACCGAAAGAACUGAAGAACUCAAUCAUAGAGAAACUGCUGGACAACAUGAAGAAAUACUCCGAACACCACGCGGUCCAAAUACUCAUGGUGCACCUGUUCUCAGCGGACAACAAACUCCUAAGCCCAAAGCUAGCGACAGACGUCUCCAACAUGGACCCAGACGUCCUAAUGAGCUCCAUGGAACGUAUAACACUCCUCUACAAAGUACUACGGGAAUUCAAGAACCCAGAAAGCAUUCACAUAGUCACUACGGCUAUUAAAUACUUCCUAAGAGAAACCUUACCACCCGCGGCGACGUUAAGUCGAGUUGUUAUAGAGUUUAUAGAGAGUUGUAAAGUGAGUGAGAAGGCGCUAUUGAACGGUUAUGAGGAUAGAGAGAGAUGGGUGAUGGGGUCGGUGGCCAAUGGGGAUAUUGUUUUUGAGGUAUUCGAAACAGCAAUAUCCCAGGACCAACUACCGGUACUCAGCGGAUGGAUAUUCGAGGCUCUAUGCCACCUACUCAGCGGGAAGAUCUCAAGCGAAUUGCUACCUUAUUGCGUCAACCUACUGCUCAUUUCCGCUAGUGCCAACCCGUUCAUACGAAAACUAGCCCCGUUAAGCCUUUACACACUACGUCUAGGCUUUUACAACAGCCAAAAGGGUGAACUAGGGGGGAUUUUCAAAGAUUUUGUGAGAAUAGAAGAUGUAGGAAUGAGUUUUGUCGAUAGGAGAUUGUUGUGUAUUGUGGCGAUGCAUUCAGGGUUCACUCCUCCUCAAAUGGAAAGGAUAAAAGAGCUGUGUGUAGGGAAUGAUAGUUUGAGCGAUCUGCAUAGAUGCUUGACAGAGACGUAGCGAUGUUGUGAGGAGGAUUAAGGGCCAGGCCCCAUUGGUGCGGGGGUUUUUUACCAUAUAUUUUUCGGGGGCAUGUCUGAAAAUAUGUGGGAAAUCGCGUCGCACCGCGCCGCAGCAAUGGGGCCUCGACUUAAAGGUGUUAAUUGGCAGCGGACAACAUGAGUUAAAAGUAUGUAAAAUUUUUCUAUAGCUUAAUUUCUGCAUAUGAAAUUUUGACUAAGCGUCUGUUUCAUAAUGUCUGGAUAAUGGCUACCUGUGGGAUAAAAGAUAUGCUGUCACUCUC